AUGAAAACAUGUGUAAUAAAUGAAAAAACUUUUGAGAAACAUUCCUCUUUACAUUUUAACGAUAAUCGAGAUUCAUAUUCAGAACAAUUUGAUAAUAAAUCUAAUACAACUUCAGAAUUUUUUGUUGAACUUCCUAAAUUACAAUUAUUUGAAUUUAGUGAAGAAAAUUAUAUUAAAGUACAAAUAGCACUUGAACGAGAAUUUGUGGACCAGUUAAGUGAUGAAAAUGAGGAAGACUUUGAUGCAGAUUCAAAAAACCAAGAAGUUCCUUUACUUCCAAUACCAAUUGAAGAAACGAACGAGCCUGUAUAUAAACCUAAUCUGACUGUAAAAGCCAAUUUUUCACCAUGUGUUCUAAUCGACUAUUUAGAUAAUAAGUUACAAAUGUGUGGUCAAACUGGAAAUGUUAGAAAUAUAUGCCAGUUAGUUGGAACCUGA